AUGGCAGGCAGCGUGUCACUACUUGUGGCUUGGAUAUUCCAGCGCUUUCCCAUGAUCGUCGGGUGGGGGAGUGCGCCUGAUUACACAGAGCUGAUGCCGCAUGCCCGUGCCUUUCUCCCGCUCAGGGGGAACCAGGCGGUCGAUCCUUACAGAGUCUAUCUCGAUCGCCUGGCCGCCGAGGACAUCCGCUACGACGUCUAUGCUGAUCACCAUGUGACGCGCCCAUUUGAUGACAUCUCACUAUUCUCAGGAUGCUUGACAUGCAGUUCGACCAUCAUUGUUCCAUAUUUGGCUGAUUGCGUCAUGCGAAAGUUCGGGUACACACAUGGUACUGGACGAGGCUCGGGCGACCAGAGCGCCGAGAGACUAGAGCUGCGUUGA